AUGGCCGACGACUCCACCGUCUCCGCCCCCGCCGCCGACCCCGCCCCGGCUUCGGCAACCGCUAAACCCUCCCGGCCCACUGAUCCCGACUUCCUCAGCUGCGUCCUCCAGCCCCCAACCCCCUCCUCCUCCUCCUCCUCCCGCCCCGACGCCGACUACGCCGCCCUCCGCCGCUUCCUCCUCCGCCGCAAGCCCCCCUCCGCGCUCCACCACCGCAUGGAGUGGCGGUGCAACGGCAAGGGCUACGUCGCCCACCGGAACUUCCUCCUCCGCCGCCUCGACGGUGGCGCCGCCUCCAGCAGCGCCCACAGCACGCCCGGCAACAGUGGAAGGUGGUUUGCUGCCCCUGCUACAUCUGAAGUAGACAGCUGGAGUUCUAUCCGGGACCUAAGAAGUAACAGCGGUGUAUUAAGCCGCACCGUAAGCGUCAGCUCAAAGCAGAGUGAACCUGAGCGCCAUGUCAGAUUUGCCGAGCCCGCGUACUCGUUUGUUGGAAUGCAUUGCAUCUUUGAUAACUGCAAAGCAUCAGUUACGAUACUGAAAUUUGGCCGUGCCAGUUCGGAUGUGCUUGCUUAUGGUUCAUCUGAUGGCAGUUUGACGGUUUGCCAGGUUUCUGACCCACCAUCCGUUCUUCAGAAAUUAAUAGGGCAUUCUAAAGAUAUCACAGAUUUUGAUUUUUCAUCUAAUAACCAGUACAUAGCUUCAUGCUCCAUGGAUAAAACUGUGAGAGUGUGGGAGAUAUCGAAAGGCACUUGUAUCAGGGUCGUAUAUGGAGUUUCUUCCCAGCUAUGUAUCAGCUUUCAUCCUGUGAAUAAUAAUUUGCUGUUAGUUGGCAAUGCAAACAGGGAAAUCAAUGCAAUUAAUUUUAGCACUGGGAGAGUAGUCAGCAAGGUCACCUUUGAUAAUGCGGUUACAGCUUUGGAUAUAGAUCACACUGGACAGCUUAUUUUUGCUGGUGAUGCGCAGGGUUACAUAUACUCUAUCAGUGUGAACUCUCACACGGGGUCGCUAUCUAGAAGUCAUAAGAACAAGAGUUGUAAGAGCAAAUCUUCUAUUACAACCAUCCAGUACCGCACCUUCUCUCUGGUAGCACGUUGUUCAGUACUUUUAUCUUGUGCUCAAGAUGGAAACCUGUAUUUUUUCAGCAUUGCGACAAAUGCCCAAGGAUACUUGACUCUCAUAUGCUCGCUAAAAUUGGCCUCAACGGUGCAGAAUAUCCGCGCUUCUUUCUGCCCGCUUCUUUCCCUUGAGAAAGGGGAAUUCAUAGUUACUGGGAGUGGGGAUUCAAACGUUUACUUCUACGAUUUGGCACGGCCAAAGAAUUCGUGUGUAAAUAAACUGCAGGGACAUGGCUCUCCAGUAAUUGGAGUGGCCUGGAACCAUGGAGAAAAUUUGCUGGCCUCGUCUGAUUCAGACGGUACAGUUAUUGUAUGGAAACGAGCAAAAUCUAAUUAGAACGAUUCCAUAUUUCCAAGGAUGCUUGCAUACAGCAAUUGUAGAGGCUGAUACAUGAUUCCAACGGAGUUAUUGUGUACGUGCAUUGUACCUAUCACCAUGUUGUUUGUAACAUACGACAAGGCCUGAGCGAAGAAGAUGUACCGGCCUUCAAUUGUAUUUACAGAAAGUAUAGGUUUCCCAGUAGAGUGUAAAUCAAUUUUCCGGUACACCUUGUAUCAUUUCGUAAUUUUGCCCCCAAUUAUAUUUAUUUGUU